AUGGCUCCCGUGACUUCACACGACUCGAUACGCGACAUUUUCUACAACGCGCUCUCAAAGCGUAUACCAAGAUGGAAGAGAGCAGAUUCAGAGGGUGGUUCAAAACCUAAUAAUACCGGUUAUGUCGCGGCAAUAGCCAUCCUAAGCGCGAUCAUCGUCGGGUACAUGCUCUACAAGGCCGUGAGAUGGUACGCAGCUCGCCAUUUCGCGAGGACAGGUCGUCCCGUCCGCCUUCUCGAUCACAAGCGUGCGGCUCGACGAAUGAGCAAAGUCCCUCAGGAAGACAGACAAACGAUGAUUGCAGAUAUAUCUGUCACAGAAGCUAACGCCAGCUAUAGCCAAUUCUCUGCUCUUGGCUCCGCUCAAUCCAAUGAAUUCUCACCUUCGUCUGCAAAGCAGUUUCUCCCUCUCUCUGCCACGGGUCCAAAGACUCCUAAGCUCGAAUGGAGGCCGCCUACUCUCAACUCUUGGUCCAAACUCUCUUCUGCCGGCAACACACCGACGCCUUCAAAGCUCGAAUCCGGUGCAAUGGACGCGGGCAGUGUGAGCUAUCCGACACAGGCGCAUGCAGAACAAGGAAGACGGAAGGAAAAGAGGGAUUUCUUCUCAUUCGUCAAAGGGCGUGGUGGAAAGGCGGACGCAUACGAUGCCCUGACUAGCCCACCUCCAGGGGAAAUCCAAGCGCGGAUCGACAACGAUUCUACCAACACACCUCCAGUCGAAAUUGCACGCGGACGAGGACAUAAUGGCGCCAUCAGUCCUCCCCUCCCACCUCUCCCUCCAGCAACGCCUACUCCCCUGCGAAGAAAAUCAACACGGAAGGCUGCUCCAGCAAUCGAUGAGACUGAAUCAUCUGAAGGAAGGAUGAGCAAGGAAUUAUCUUCAAGACCAGCAUCGCGAGCGACGACAGUGACGGUCAAGGGCUCGAGACUAACCAACGCGUCGAUCGACUUUUCCCAACGACGUACAUCUGCCGUCCCAUCCCCACGUGUAUCCUCGCUCUACCGUUCACGCUUGUCGUCGCACGCGCUCGCCUCGCCCAAUCUCCCACACCCACCAGUGCCGCCCAUGCCCUCACUCCCAGCCUUUUUGCUCGCGCAACAACAGGCUGCCACUUCCCUUAAUCGUUCAUCUUCUGUUCGCACCACCGCGAGUACGAGUAAGAACACCGACUCUAUGGCCUCGAUUCCCAACAAUCAUCGUGCACACGACACUGCCGCCUCUUCGACGCUUCUCCCCGAAUCGAUCGUCCCGCCAAGCAUAGCGUCUUCAGAGGAAAUGGUGACCGAUACUACCAAGGGAUUGGAUGGCCAGCCGCUCCCCCGUACUAUGGUCGUAACAGCGACGUUUACACCCAGUCUAUCCGACGAGUUGCCCAUCACGAUUGGAGAGACAGUAUCUAUGCUGGAAGAGUACAUUGACGGAUGGUGCUUUGUCCAACGCGUGCGCGUCCACCUCAAGCCUGGCGUCAAAGCUCCUAGCCCGACAGAAGAGCUCGUCGAUCCGGAGGAUACGAUUGUUGUUCCCGUUGAUGGGGAGGGUAAUUCGGGUGCCGUCCCCAGAUUUUGUGUGUCCGAGUGGCCAUUGCCUGCCGAAAUUAUUCGCCAUCUCCAGGCGCAACACAACGCCGAGUUGGCGGGACAAAAGGAUGCCUCCACAAAGGAAGGUAGAAACAACAAGGGAAUCGUGGAAAAGACUCCAACGCAACCUCUACAAUCGUUCCUGCCCUCUCCGAUCGGAUUGGAGGACAAGUCGCCAAUGAUGCCCAACUCGACUGCGCCUGUAUAUCCACCUUCGACAACGACGAUGCCGCUUGCAAAGAAGCAAGAGCAACGCAAGGGUCUCAAUGACUUUGCGAUUCCGACACCGUCAGACGUUCCCGACUCCAAGUUUUCAAGUUGGGGCUCUUCCAUUGCCCCUUCAUCUGCAAAGAUGCCCGGUAUCUACAGCACAAUGCAGGCGAACACACACAUCAACGCGAUAUCGCCGCCUCUCCCACCGUCUGCAUCCUCUUCUGUUCCGCCUUUCUCUUCUUCGUCUGCUUCGUCGACGGCAGUGCAUUCUGGUGCAUCGGCUUCUUCGAACACUCUCCAUUCCUCUUCAGAUGCUCGACAUGCCAUUUCAUCGACUAACUCCUCGUCUUCGGCAAGCCAGGCACACACGAGCGACAGCGGUAGCGCAAGCACCAGUCGUGUAGUAUCCGUCGUCUCGCAGCCCGCGCCCGCUGCGCCGCCCGCGUCACCUGCAACAUCGCCAACCGAACAAGACCAAGAAGAGGAUGAUGGAAUCAAGCGUGUGUCAAAACCACCGCUUGCGCCUCGCCUUUCGCGGUUCCCGACCACGGCGGGUGCCCAUGACGAGGACAUAGGGCCAGAGGAAGAGUUUGAUCCACGGCUGCUCCAGCAUAUGAAGAGUUAUACGGAGGCCAGUAAAGGGCAUAUCAUGGAUGUGCCACGCGCAAGCGACCGAACGGUGACGAUGCCACCGCUCUCUCGCAAGCUGCCUACCGUAUCGGCAGAUGCAACCGCCCCGCCAGUUCCUGAUCUUCCUUCCUCCAAUGCCAACGGGUUCCAGCUCCAAAAUGCCCAGGGAGGUCGAGCGGCGUAUGGAUAUCCCAACGGAUACGGAAACGGACUUCCAAGUGCCAUGUCAUCGGCAAUGGAUACUGGCGUCGGCACUAGUGUGGGUAGCAAGACGCCCUCGACGAGCAACACACACGCCCGGUCGGGAUCGAUUACGAAGCGAUUCACGAGCUUUGCAAGUGGAGCUUCUGCGAGGGAUAGGAGUGGAAGCGUGGGUAUGGGAAGUGUAGCUGGCCCAAGACCCGUCGCCUCGUCUUCAUCGGACAGAAAGGGGGCUGGCGGACCAGGCGUCGUGAGCUUCAAAGCGUUGCGUACUGGAAGCUCGACGGCAAAUGUUGGUGUUGUCGGUCGAUAA